AUGGAGGGCGAACUUGCCUCGCUCUCGGAGAUUGUCAAGUACAACUCGGCCCUUGCUCCUAAACCUUACCACUUUGGCCAAUUCAAGAACGCGCAAAUAUCGACUUAUUUCCUCCUGAUGGAGUUUCUGGAGAUGCGAACAGGUGCGCCGGAUCCUGCCCUCUUUUGCGAACAAAUUGCGGCGUUACAUCGAGACAGCGUCUCUCCAACAGGGAAGUUCGGUUUCUAUACGACUACUUGUCAUGGGCCACAUCCACAAAACACGAGUUGGGAGGACAGUUGGUCUGUGUUCUUUUUGCGGUUGAUCCGUCUGUUCUUCGAGCGUGAGCUCGACAUGAAUGGACCUGAUGCAGAUUACGAAGAAACUUUCAAAGCACUCGAAGCUGUAAUUCCGAACAUCCUCGAACCACUACAACAAGGCGGCAGGUUUUUGAAGCCGUGCUUGGUCCAUGGCAAUUUAUGGGAGGAAAAUACUGGCACCUCCCUGGACAAGGACAAUCAGCCCAAGAUAUUCGAUGCUGGUUGUUUUUACGCACAUAGCGAGUACGAUAUUGCGAUGUGGCGCAGAGACAUAGUGCGUUUUGGGCGGACACACACGCGUCAGUAUCUCAGACACAUGCCACCUAGCGAACCGAAGGACCAAUUCGACGAUCGUAACCGCCUGUACUCCAUCAAAUUUGACAUCGCCCAUGCCAUGGGCUGGCCUGCCACGGUCAAACACCAAAGAGAUUUGUACGCGCUGUUCCUUUCCUCAAGCUAA